GAGGGCACUGGACAGGGGCUCCCGGCCCCGCCCAUCCAGCCCCGCCCAGGCCCCGCCCAUCCAGCCCCGCCCCCCGGAGUGGGACCUGGUCGGGCUCAGCUGACGCCCCACUUCACGUGACGCUGGAGCUGGGGAAGCAUGGCGGCGGCCACCGGACCCUCGUUUUGGCUGGGGAACGAAACCCUGAAGGUGCCGCUGGCUCUCUUUGCGCUGAACAGGCGGCGCCUGUGUGAGCGGCUGCGGAAGAACCCGGCGGUGCAGGCGGGCUCCGCGGUGGUGCUGCAGGGCGGCGAGGAGACGCAGCGCUACUGCACUGACACCGGGGUGAUCUUCCGCCAGGAAUCCUUCUUUCACUGGGCGUUUGGUGUCACCGAGCCGGGCUGCUACGGCGUGAUCGACGUGGACACUGGGACGGCCACUCUGUUCGUGCCCAGGCUUCCUCCCAGCCACGCCACCUGGAUGGGCAAGAUCCACUCCAAGGAGCACUUCAAGGAGAAGUACGCCGUGGAUGACGUCCAGUACACAGACGAGAUCGCCAGUGUUCUGACAUCCCGGAGCCCCUCUGUGCUCCUCACGCUGCGCGGUGUCAACACCGACAGCGGCAGCAUCUGCAGGGAGGCCUCCUUCGAGGGCAUCAGCAAGUUCAAUGUCAACAACACCAUUCUUCAUCCGGAGAUCGUGGAGUGCCGGGUCUUCAAGACGGACAUGGAGCUGGAGGUUUUACGCUACACCAAUAAAAUCUCCAGUGAGGCCCACCGGGAGGUAAUGAAGGCUGUAAAAGUGGGAAUGAAAGAAUAUGAGAUGGAAAGCCUCUUCGAACACUACUGCUACUCCCGGGGGGGCAUGCGCCAUAGCUCCUACACCUGCAUCUGCGGCAGUGGUGAGAACUCAGCCGUGCUGCACUACGGACACGCCGGGGCCCCCAACGACAAGACCAUCCAAGACGGAGACAUGUGCGUGUUCGACAUGGGCGGUGAAUAUUACUGUUUCGCUUCUGACAUCACGUGCUCCUUCCCCGCCAACGGCAAGUUCACCCCAGACCAGAAGGCCAUCUAUGAGGCGGUGCUGCGGAGCUGCCGGGCCGUCAUGAGCGCCGUGAAGCCAGGUGUCUGGUGGCCCGACAUGCACCGCCUGGCCGACCGCAUCCACCUGGAGGAACUGACCCGCAUCGGCCUCCUGACCGGCAGCGUGGACGCCAUGGUCCAGGUCCACCUGGGAGCCGUGUUCAUGCCUCACGGGCUCGGCCACUUCCUAGGACUCGACGUGCAUGACGUGGGAGGCUACCCUGAGGGCGUGGAUCGGAUUGACGAGCCCGGCCUGCGGCGCCUGCGCACCGCUCGGCACCUGGAGCCACGCAUGGUGCUCACCGUGGAGCCGGGCAUCUACUUCAUCGACCACCUCCUGGACGAGGCCCUGGCCGACCCGGCCCGCGCCUGCUUCUUUAACCGCGAGGUCCUGCAGCGCUUCCGUGGUUUUGGUGGGGUCCGGAUCGAGGAGGACGUCGUGGUGACUGACACUGGCAUGGAGCUGCUGACCUGCGUGCCCCGCACGGUGGAGGAGGUGGAAGCGUGCAUGGCGGGCCAGGACAAGGCCUUUGCUCCCUUCUCUGGCCCCAAGUAGAGCCACGGGUGUGCCCUGGGGCAGGGGGCUGGGCCCCGGCCUCGCAAGUUGCUUCCUGGAGGGCGGCCUGCUGAUCGGCCCCAGUGGUGCUCAGAAAUCACACAGGACAUCAUCGGCCUUUGAUCACACCCAAUAUGCUGUUUCCCUGGAGAAACUUUCUUACUACCCUUCUGUGGGAUCACACCCGUCAUCUAAAUGUCUUUACUUUGCUUGAGUGACAGCGGCUUUUAGAAUGCUAAUUUUCAAUUAUCGCGUUAUUUUCAAUAAUCCUGUUCUCUUUACUAGCAACUAAAUGUGUAUUUUGCUGUCAUUUGUAUUCUGCUCAGGAAAGGGGCAUUUCUAGUGUUUUCUCUCAAAAUCAAUACACAGAAUGGAAUUUGCAAUAAAAGAUUUCCUAAAAUGGA